CAGGGACGCUCGAUGUGACGUAACCAGAUCGCUCCCCCAGGGAGGAGGAAAUUCCGGGGCAAGGGGCGGGGCUUAGAGUGCAGAGAUGGCGGACGUGCUGCUACAGCCACAUUAGUGGGCCUGCGAAAUAAGGCAUUUCUCUGUAGCUGCUCGCUCGUCGCAUGUCACCUGGUUCUCUGUGUUGUACAUAUAGGCGGGUUGUCAAACUUCUUUAUUGUGUCGCUCUUGUAACGUGCUUCGUCUGUUUAUAGCCUGGGAAAGUCAAAGUAGGGGAGGCCGAAUUGGUUCCGCGCUGAGUUCGCUUGGAGAUGUACUGCUCCAUUUAGCAAGAAGAACUUUAGUCGGGAGGUAUUAGGCUGAACCGGCACCAUACAGAAAAUGCAAAACCUUGAAGCUCAAGUCACUGGAGGCUUGGUAGCGUUUCCUGAUGUUACACUGAAAGCUCUUAAAGAAGAUGAAAUAAAUCUGGACUCAGUGCUUCGUGGAAGGUUUUCAUCUGGAAGAACAGGCCUAGCAUGGUUGGCUUGCGGACCACAGUUGGAAGUUACAAACUCUGUCACUGGAGAAAGGUUAUCUGCUUAUCAUUUUAGUGGGUUGACCGAACGCCCUCCUGUUAUUGUUGCUGUGAAAGAGUUUACUUGGCAAAAGAAGACAGGACUCCUAGUAGGACUGGUGGAAGCAGAAGGCAGUGUCCUGUGCCUGUAUGAUAUAGGAAUAUCGAGAGUUGUCAAAGCUGUUGUCCUUCCAGGAUCAGUUACAGCUGUAGAACCUAUAAUUAAUCAUGGAGGUGCCAGUGCCAGCACUCAACACUUGCACCAAAGUUUGAGAUGGUUCUUUGGCGUGACGGCAGUGGUGACAGAUGUUGGACAUGUACUUCUUAUAGACCUUUGUUUGGAUGAGGUUUCCAGCAAUCAGGAUGAACUUGAUGCUUCAGACCUUGAGGUCAUGAGUGGAAUCCCAGUUAAAAUUCCCAAGCUAAGAGAAGCUGCUGCAAGAGAACGACGACAUUUGUGUCUUCAGUUAGCUGCUCCAACUGGAACCACCGUUUCUUGCCUUAGUUACAUAAGCAGAACCAAUCAGUUGGCAGUUGGAUAUUCUGAUGGGUACUUUAGUUUGUGGAACAUGAAAACUCUGAGAAGAGAUUACCAUGUGCAGAUUGAAGGUGGCAAAGUUCCAGUCUGUGCUGUUAUUUUCCAAGAGCCUGAGAAUGAUCCUCGAAAUUGUUGCUAUCUUUGGGCUGUUCAGUCCAGUGACAGUGGGGGCGAUGUAAGCUUACACUUACUGCAGCUGGCAUUUAGUGACAGAAAAUGUUUAGCAUCAGGACAGAUCAUGUAUGAGCUUUUGGAAUAUUGUGAGGAGAGAUACAGCUUGGACCUUUCAGGCAGUACCGUGUCAUUGAGGGGACAGAAUAGCAAUACAAAGUUGCUUGGAAGUCAAACUAUAGAAAAGUUUCGUGUACAUGGAGAAAGAGAAGAUGGAGUUCAUGAAGUCACAUCGCCUGAUACCAGUGUGUCGGUUUUCAGCUGGCAGAUGAAUACUUAUGGACAAGGAAAACCUUCAGUUUAUUUGGGGGUUUUUGAUAUCAAUCGUUGGUAUCAAGCACAAAUGCCAGAUUCUUUAAGGCCUGGUCAGUUUCUUCGCAACUGCUCUUACUUUGCAUUUUGGUCUCUGGAAGCUGUUGUUAAUAUGACACAAGACAGCAUUUUUGAUAUUCUUGUGCAUGAACGCAGUUUAAGCAGAGGAAUUCCUCCUUCUUAUCCUCCUCCUGAGCAGUUCUACUAUCCAAGCACGUACAAUUUUGAUGCCACGUGCUUGCUGAACUCUGGGCUCAUUCACUUUGCAUGCACUGGAUUUCAGAAAGAGACAUUGCACUUUUUAAAGAAGUCUGGCUCUUCCUUAAAUGAAGCAAUCCCUGAUGGCUAUAACAGGUGUCUUGUGGCUGGCCUACUGUCACCAAAGUUUACUGAUAUUCAGCCUUCUAGUUUAAGUCAGGAAGAACAGUUGCAAGCUAUACUAUCAGCUGCAGUUGAAACAAGCUCCCUGGGCCUUUUGACCAGUUGUAUCAAACGCUGGACUGCUGAAGAACAACCAAGAUCUGCAGCAAACCUAAGUUUUGUACUAGAGUGGACAUGGAAAAAAGUUACUCUUACAAAACAAGAUUUUGACAGGCUUUGUUUUCGCCUUUUUGACGGAUCAUGUAACUUCAUUGACCCACAUACUCUUCAGUCCCUUCAGCAGUGUCAUUUGUAUUUUAGCAAUUUAACAGCAGUUUUAAACUGUUUUAUUGUGCAAGCAAAAGAAGUAACUCUGCAAGGAGCAGUAGACCUUAAAAACAAACAAUCCGUAACCAGACUGUUGACUCUGUAUGCAUCAGUUGUACUCUGGUUUUGUCGAUCCGGAUUGUUGCCAGACUCCUCAGAUGAAACCGUGCAGUUAACUAGACCAUUCUACAAUUACCAAGUAAUGCAGCAGUACUACUCAGAUCAACGAAAAAAGCUGGAACGCUUGUCAAGAGGAAAAUGGGACACUAGUUCCUUGAUGAUUGAUGGUCUGAUAAAUCAGUUUGGAGAUCGAAUUGAGCAGCUCUGGAGCAGAGAUGAUAAUGGCACUGGAAAGUACCCACCAGCAAAUUUGCAUGCACUUCUUGAUGUUUACCUUCUUGAAAAUGCAGAUGAAAUGAGCAAGCAUGCUAUAACCAUAUAUUUUCUUUUGGAUAUUAUGUAUUCAUUCCCAGAUAAACCGGAUUCUUCAAUUGAAUCCUUUCCAACAGCUUUUUCUGUUCCCAGCAGUCUUAUAAAACUAAUUCAAGGUUUUUGGCUUCUGGAUCACAAUGAUUACCAGAACUCAAUAGACUGUAUACUUAAUCCUGCAGCAAGUCGUGUUAUGUCAUGGCAGCACUCACAAAUCAUUGAAACUUUGAUGUGCCAAGGAGAUCAGAGACAGGCUCUUAGGUAUAUACAAGUGAUGAAACCUGUAGCAGCCACCAGCAGAGAGGUUAAACUACAUAUGACUGUGCUGCUUGCAAACAGGUCUAUUUUGGAAGCCUGGAACUUGCAGAGACUGCAUUCUAGUCGUCUGAAUGUAGAAGAAUUGCUCAAACACAUGUAUGAAACAUGUCAAGAAAUGGGGCUAAUUGAAGAAUUACUAAAGCUAACAUUUACAGAUUUUGAGCAAGACUAUUUGCACAAGUUCUUGCAGACUACCGGUGUACAAAAUCAGGAGCUGCUAUUGGUGCACCAUCUACAACGAGCAAAUUAUAUACCAGCCUUGCAGCUAAACCAGUCAUUGAAAACAAACCACUUGAAUGAUUGUGACCGGCGAUUGCGUGAGAGAUCUGUGGCAAGAAAUGCUAUUCUGGAUCAGUAUGGAAAAAUACUGCCAAGAGUCCAGCGAACUCUUGCAAGCGAAAGAGCCAAACCCUACUCAUUACCAUCGCUAGUGUGGAGAGAAGUUGCUAGACCAAAGCCUUUAUCAACUACUGCAAAGCAGGCUGCUCCUGGAAGUAUAAUAACCAAAGCAAACUUUAUUUGCAAUGUUCUGUCAAAAAUUAAAGAAGUUUCUACUGCAAAUGAAAAAAGGGAAGAAUUUUCACCUUACAAAAGCAUGGUUAGGGAAGAACCAGCAGCCACCCCUCUUCAAGACAUAGAUGUGCCUGAUGCUUUCUUUGGAACGCCUAUAAACAAAUCCCGAAGGGUGUCCAGGCUGUUGGACUCUGUUGUUCAUCCUGUCCUGCUGGAGCCAACUACACUGGCAUCCAACGACACUGAUAACAAUCAUCACACCCCCCAUAAUUCUCCUAUGUUGAAGACAUCAAGUCCUUUACAGACAAGUUUGAGGAGAAUGGCUCACUUAAGAAGCUUUGCGAAAGCAUCUGAAUUCAGUUUGCUGGAAACACCUCUAGUGGUCAGGAAGGCGAAGGCCCUUGCUACCAGCACUGUAUCAUCUGGAUUUACUGGUAUCACUCCUCAGUCAAUUUUAAGAUCUAGCGUUCGCACUACACCGAUGGUCUCGCCUUCUGUAUCACCAGGCAGAUCUCUAACUCCUCCCUUGCGCCCCAAAGAAACAAAAAUCUCUUUCAUGGAAUUAUCUGUUACCAGACAUGCAAAAACAGCCCAUACCUCAGAGGGGGAUCUUUUGGCAAUGUCUCCUGUAUUGAGAUCUUCCCCAGAUGCAGUGUGGUCAGGAAAAGGGAAGGUUGCCUCAUUCGCACAAAACACUCCUGUUAAAAAAAUUGAAGAAAUUGACGCAUCAUCUUCUGGAAUACAGGAAGAAAGCCCUGAUGAAAUGGAGGUCAGCAAAGAGACUAGCAACAUAUCUGUAAGGUCAGACCAGACUUCCCUAGAGUAUCAUGAUGCUCCAACACCAGAGGACUUGGAAGAUGAUGAAAUCCCUGUAACAGACAAUGUACAACCUCAAAGUAUUGAGUUAGAUUAUCAAAUGGAAGAUGGUCAGUUAUCCGACAAAACUGCAGAACUACCACUCACUGAAGUGCAGGAGGAGCUAAAAGAUUCUGAAGAAAGAGAAGUUGAGUCUAUCUCUGUCCCUUUGAAUGGUCCAAAUGCACAGGAAUACUUGACUGCUGUAACAGAUAUUGACUUGGAAGCAGCUUCCCCUUGUAUUUCAGAAACUCCUGAAGGCAGCUCUGUAUAUGGUGAACAAGAGAUUGCCUCUUCAGCUAAGGAUUCUGAAUCUGUUAUCAGUAUUCAUGAUAGUGUUGAUGUCCAUUGUAACCUUUCUGAAAGUGAUCAAGAUGGUGAGGAAGUUGAGGAAAAUAUUUUGCUUGAUGACCAACCUGUUCCGACUUCAGUGUCUCACUGUGUGGAGCUUCAACUUGUAGAAACAAAGGAUCUAGAGGUCGAACUGGAAGAGGUAGAAUCUGAGACUAAUCCCAAAGAAUUCUAUCCAGAUGAAACAGUUCAACUUGGCUUUACUAUUGGAAGUAUUGAACAGCAUUAUACUUGUGAGUUAGCUGCUGACAGAGAGACACUAAAUGAAACCGAUGAAAUUGAAGGAGAACAUUUUGGAGCUGAGAACAAUUUUAGCUUAGUACUUGAGGGUGAUGCUGCUGAAGAGGAGAUAUUAGAGCCUCUGUCUAGCAAAACAGAUCUAGAACUGACAAGACCUCCCAUAGGACAUCAGAAGUUGUGUUCAGAGAUUAGAGAAAAUAUUGAAAAGUGCGAAAAAAUUCCUGAAAUACCUGUAACAAUAUCCCCUUAUGUGGACAGUGAUCAUGAAAAUAAGACCCCGGAGACAUUACCAUCUGUGGCUGAACAAGCUGAGGUCACUAUUGCACAAAAUGUCUUUAAAGACACUGAAGACAAAGAUGUUCCCUCUGAGGAUUCUAGUGAAGUUCUUUCAGGAAAAAAACCUGAUAGGAAUUCUGUAAUGCCUUUAGACUCCUCGGAGUCCCCAGAGGAUAAAAUAAGGCAAUCUGAUAACAUCAUUACAGUGGAAAAACUGGAAAUGACACACAAAAUAUAUGAGGAAAAAACGGAGAAGGUAAACGAGAUUUCACCAAAUCGUGUUCAGACUACAGCAGUAAAACCCGUAACCCCCCGCAGAAGUGUACGGAAGGCAUCAAAGACUGCUGACAGUUCAGCUGCUAAUUUUGGGGAAAUUACACUUCCCACAACUCCUAAAAGAGGCCCAAAAAAAGCCAAAGAAAACGUAGACACAAUUACAAAUUCAAUUUCUGUUCUUCCAGAGGAAGAACUAACAGUUAGUACUAAAAGGAUUACUAGGAAAGCAACCCUUACUGCUUUAGAAAAUCCUGAACCCUCACAAAUCAAAGAGCCACCUUUUGGGGAACCUUUGCAAGUACAGCCUUCUACUCCAACUAGGGGUCGCAGAGGCAGAGUAAUAACCUCAGAUGGCAAAGAUUAUGAAUGUAUGGAAGAAAAAAAUGUCUUACCUCUAACUCCUACCAGAAUUACAAGAUCUAAAAAUAUUUUAGAGCAUGAAAAAGGAAUCAGCCAAAUAGAGGACACAGGUGAAACUGAGCAGGAGGUUGUAACCCCUAAAAGAGGCAGACGCAGUAAACGUGUUGUCAAUGAGUUGGUUAAGCAUUUUGAACGUAAUUCUUCUCAACCUGACAUUAAAGCAGACACAAGUCCUCCUGUAUCUCCUCAAAAGGUCUCUCUUAGAUGGACAAGGGCCAGAUCAGAAAAUCUAAAGAUUAAUGCAACUGAAGAACAGGUGCCAAAAAUACAAGAAGACAUCUCAGACACUCCUAAGAAAAAGUACAGAAAGUCAAAUAAUAAAAUGGGCUUUGAGGAAACGGAUGCUGUUUCUGAAGGUACCAUUGUAGACGAUGUACAAGAGUCUUUAAUUAUCAGUCGCUCAGGAAAAAAUCCAAACGCAUCCAUUGUCAGAUCUGCUAGGAAAACUACACUACCUCCAGUAGCUGAAGAAAAUUUGGAACAACCAUUGCUGCUUCCAGAAAGCCACAGUGAAGUUAUUGCUGAUGAAGAAAAUAAAACCAUGAGCACAAGAACUAGGUCUAGUAAUAAAUCUUCUGAAGUUUCUGCCAUCACUUUUGAGUUUUCGACACCAAAAGCAAGAACUAAAAAGACUGGAAAAGGUUCUACAGUUCCAACAGAAUUGAUACCUCCCACCCAGUAUGUCUUCUCUCCUCCAUCAACAAGAACAAGAAGGGCAACUAGAGCAAAUGUCAGUGAAUCUAUAAUAGAAACGGAAUCCCAAGUUCAAGAAACACAUGAAAUAGCAGAGAAAGAGGUUUCUGAAGUUCCGGUCUCAAAACCAAGAGGCAGACCUCCAAAACACAAAGCCAAGACUGUUACCAGGGAUCUAAAAAAGGCAUCCUGGUCCACCCCGCCUGUGGAAAUAAAGUUGAUUUCUCCUCCAGAAAGUCCUGCAGUCAGUGAAACGGAUACAAAAACUGACUCUGCAGAAGCAAAAGGAGCAGAGAAAAACUCAGUUAGACGGACUAGAAGGCGAAUAAUGUCAAAACCAGUCACGCGGCGAAAGAUGAGAUGAUUGAUUUGAGGGACGGGGUAGGGGUGGUACUUUUAAAAGUUUGUAAAGUUAAAAAUUACUGUCUAAUAUUGAAAAAAAAAAACUGAUCUGGGAGAGAAUAAUUUAUAUUAUAAAUUAUUGUAAAUUUUCUUAAACUAUCAGAAAUUGAAAUAACUGCCAAGAGCAAAUUUCUUCCCGGACAGUUUCUGUUUUGUAUUAAUACUUCAUACGUUUAUAAAAAUGUAACUAAAGUUUUCAGGAAUGAUAAAUAAAAAUACAUUUCAGUAUUUUACUUUUUAUUAAAAAAAAAUAAAAUCUAA